AAAAAACAAGUGCAUCAAUUGAGUGUCCUCAUCUCAUUACUGCUGGGUGAGCUAAGCAAAGGAGACCGUCAGAAAAUUAUGACCAUAUGUACAAUUGAUGUUCAUAGUCGGGAUGUCGUAUUGAAGCUAAUUCAAUCCAAACUGGAAAGUGCAUCUGCUUUUCAAUGGCAAUCGCAAUUACGACAUCGUUGGGAUGAUGAUGAAAGUGAUUGUUUUGCAAAUAUUUGUGAUGCACAAUUUAGAUAUUGCUAUGAAUAUUUGGGAAAUACGCCAAGAUUGGUCAUAACCCCACUUACAGAUCGUUGCUACAUCACAUUGACACAAUCAUUACAUCUAGUAAUGGGGGGAGGUCCUGCAGGGCCCGCGGGAACAGGAAAAACAGAAACAACAAAGGAUUUGGGUCGGGCACUAGGCAUAAUGGUUUAUGUAUUUAAUUGCUCUGAACAAAUGGAUUAUAAGUCAUGUGGAAAUAUUUAUAAAGGUCUCGCACAAACUGGUAGUUGGGGAUGUUUUGAUGAAUUCAAUAGAAUUUCAGUAGAAGUUCUGUCUGUGGUGGCGGUUCAAGUGAAAAGUGUUCAAGAUGCUAUUAGAGACAAAAAGGAAAUUUUUAAUUUUAUGGGCGAAAUGAUAAAAUGUGUAUAUACAGUGGGAAUAUUUAUAACUAUGAAUCCAGGAUAUGCGGGCAGAACCGAACUACGUAUGUACUACGAAAUCAUAAUUACGGUAGACUUAAAAAGAAAAUAAAUUACGGUCAGUCUGUGACUUAAUGUGAAACGGG